ACCAUCCCCACCGUGGGCUUCAACAUGGAGACGGUUACUUACAAAAACGUCAAGUUCAACGUGUGGGAUGUCGGGGGCCAGGACAAGAUCCGUCCCCUCUGGAGGCACUACUACACGGGCACGCAAGGGUUGAUCUUUGUGGUGGACUGCGCCGAUUGCGACCGCAUCCACGAGGCCCGCCAGGAGCUCCACCGCAUUAUCGAUGACAGGGACAUGCAGGAUGCCAUCAUCCUCGUCUUCGCCAACAAGCAGGACCUGCCUGAUGCCAUGAAACCCCAUGAAAUCCAGGAGAAACUGGGCCUGACCCGAAUCAGGGAUAGGAAUUGGUACGUGCAGCCCUCCUGUGCUACAGGGGAUGGACUCUACGAAGGGCUGAUGACAUGGUUAACAUCCAAUUAUAAAUCCUAAUGAGAGAAUAACUAUUUAGUCUACAAAGAAUUAAAGAAAAAAAA